GGAAUAACAUUACGUCUUGUGUGAUCGAUAGUGGGAUUCUGUCGGGCAUUCAUGUUUGAAAAAACAUUCAUUUAAUUCACUUGAUUGUAAAAUGGCAUUUCUGGACGUGGAACAUAUCAAACAAUUGAAAAAACUUUUCAAACCACCCACCGAGGGCGAAGAUAGUGAUUCCGACGGCAGUUGUGACCAUGACACCGUCCGACAGAUAGAUUUUUUAGGUCCCGGAGAUAUUGGAGAAUCAAAAAAUACAAAAACGAAGAAAAAAUAUAAUAAUGACCCUGACGAACACGUAAAAAAUUGCUCAUAUGCUUUAUUAGAAAAAGACAGUUCUAAUCAACCAAACACUAUUGAAGAAUGGGAACAACAGCAGCAACAAGAGUGUGAAGCAUUGCUUGAUUCUCGUCCUCGACCGGAUUACAAGAUUACCUACAAGCAAACUGUCUGCACCGAGGAUCUGUAUUUGCAAAUGAGUGGUAAAACUCCCAGUACGGCCAGUUGUGAGAAUAUGGUGAUCGAAAUCUUUCUUACUAACGAAACGGUUGGUAUCCAUCAUAUGGAUCUGUCGGUUCAUGAGCAACGAAUAGUCCUUAAGACACCCAAGUAUUAUAUGGAUCUGCAAUUACCGCACAAGGUUGACCCUGAUAAGGGUAACGCCGCUUGGCUUUCGGUGGAGAAGAUUCUCAAACUGACGCUGAAAAUGGAACGAGAGUUUGAUUUUAUCAACUUUUAAGUUGUUUGCUCAAAUUGACUGAAAAUUGAUACUCGAUGAUAGUGCGAUGAUGCUGAUUUGAAAAUAAAUGUGUUCAAUAAA